GGCAACUCUCCCCUAGGAGAGGACUUUUGGAGGAGAAACACUGCCGGGGGGGGGGGGGCAGGUCUCCUCUCCAGUUUUGCAUCCUGCUCCAUUUCUGGAUAUUGCACAACCGGCGUCUUGUGCAACCAGGCCUGCAAGUGUGCGUAGUUGCCAACUGCUUCUCCCUGGCAGGGCUCUUCUGGCUUUAAGAGCCCCAGGCGAGACUUUCCACCAGGUGCCGUUUCCUUGCCUCUGAUCCAUUCUGCAACCGGCUAGAUCCCGAAGCUGUCAUGAGCGCAGCAACCAUAAUAUUGGGUGGGUGAAGAAUUUGUGCAUUCUGCUUGCAGGCCCUGCCAGUAUCCCUAUUUUUCUGAGUUGUCAGAAGCCCUGUCCUGGUUUCCGAUUUGAUCCCAGAAUGUUAAGGUAACCUUAACAAAAAGUGCAACAUUCUGGGAUCAAAUAAAGGGACCCCUGAUCAUUAGGUCCAGUCGUGGCUGACUCUGGGGUUGCGGCGCUCAUCUCACUUUAUUGGCCGAGGGAGCCGGCGUACAGCUUCCGGGUUGUGUGGCCAGCAUGACUAGUGAAACCAGAGCAGCGCACGGAAACGCUGUUUACCUUCCCGCCAGAGCGGUACCUAUUUAUCUACUUGCACUUUGACGUGCUUUCGAACUGCUAGGUUGGCAGGAGCAGGGACCGAGCAACGGGAGCUCACCCCGUCGCGGGGAUUCGAACCGCCGACGUUCUGAUCGGCAAGUCCUAGGCUCUGUGGUUUAACCCACAGCGCCACCCGCGUCCCUAUUUCCAUCAGAGAAAUGUUGGAGGGCAUGUGUUUGGAGGCUGGAGACACUCUGCACCUGCCUCGUGAUGGGCUUUUGAGCUGGUUCUUUUCUUUAAAAAAUGGAUAGGGUCUCACAAGAAGCAGAAAAUUUGCAAGUGACACUGCCUCUCCCCUCUUUGCAGGAACGAAGGAGGUUUGCAAGGCAGACCUGGACUGCAAGAAAACAACAGCUGCCUGCCCCUUGGGGAGCGACAGAGCCCAUUGCAACCAAGAGUGCAUCUGCCCAUGUGCAGAAAGCCGAGGGCUACACGUAGGGGUCUCUCUUGGCCCUAACUGGGGAUCCUGGGGAUUGGCCCCAGAGCUUCCUGCCUCCAAAGCAGCUGCUCUACUGUUGAGUUAUAUUAUCGUUUCCUUAAAGGCGACGCAAGGCUGUAGUCCUCAUUAUUGCGAACAAAGCUCUGAUUUUGAUAGGAACCCUUGAAGCUGAGACCUUUUGUCCAGGUGGCCCGGGAUUAUCUGCACCGUUGAGGGCAUUUUGGGAGAUGAUAUAUGAUGAGAUAAAAAGGACGUUUACUAUACCAAAAAAAAACAAUCCCUGGAGAUUUUCUUUUAGGGAUUAUAGGGACAGAAGUUCCCCCCAAAAGACGAUGAAGACGAUGAAGUUGUUUACAACUGCAGCUAAGAUUCUCUACACACACAAAAAUGGGAAGAAGCAGAAAUUCUCACCAAAGAAGAAUGAAUAAGGAAGGCGAUGGAUUAUGCCAGAUGGGGAAAGUUAGCAGCUAAAAUAAGUUUUUUGUGGAAGAGGGGAAACCCUUCUCAAAUUAUUUAAAGAAAUAUUAUUACAUGACAAACAUGGGAUCAGGAUUCGAACCCUGAGCAACAGGAGGGUUUAAAGAUUACAGUAGUUUUGUCAAGGUUUGAGAGACAGAAAAUAGGGAGCAGCAGAAGGAGAGAAACAGGAACAUUGUGGGAAAGGAGGUGGGAAGUCGGACAAAAAGAGUUUUUAUUGUGUAUUGAAAUGUACGUGUGAUUUUAUCAUAUGUGGUGGGAAUGUAAGAAAAUAAAGAACUUCUGGGAAAUGAUAUAUAAUGAGAUGAAAAAGAUGUUGAAAUAUACAUUUAAAAAAAAAACAAAAACCAGAAGCAUUUCUACUUGGUAUUAUAGGUCAGGAUAUUAAUAGGCAAGAUGUUAAAUUGUUUUUAUAUGUAACAACAGUGGCAAGAGUAUUGUUAGCCCAGAAAUGGAUGCAAGAAGAAAUUCCGACGAAAGAAGAAUGGCAGAUGAAAAUAAUGGACUACGCAGAAUUGGACAAAAUGACAGGAAGGAUUCGAAACCUGCGGGAACAGAGAUUCAAAGAAGAUUGGAAGAAAUAUACAAAUUAUUUGAAGAGAACUGUAAUCAACAAAUUACUCUAGUAAGACUACAAGAAGUUUUGUAAGGAGAAAUAUAUGAAGUGCUACAAAGUAGAUAAAGAAUAGAGAGAUUGGUUAUGAGUUUUAAACGUAACAGGGAAAAUAAGAAAUGUAUACUAAGAGAUUAGAUUGGAAAAUUUUCAGACUGGACUGGUGGAAGUCAA